ACAUUAACAUGCAGAACUCAUAUACAAAACAAGCACAAAGAAAGAUCUGUGACAAAAGGGGGUAUUGUUCGGUUAUAGUUUCACUAACGUUUAGAUUUGUAACGCUUCAAAGCUGCGAAUACGAUCCGUAAUGCCGAUGUUCCGAGAUUUUGUGAAACAAAUUCGGUUUAAAAUAGAAAGGAAGUUAAAUUAGCAAUGGUUUGCAAUUAGUCUACAAAAAGAAGGAACUUCGACAAGGACAUCUCAAUACCAGUUUUUACAUCGAUUAGUCAGCAAAAGUUGAAAAUUUAUAAACAUGACUUUAUUAGAACAGAAUUUUUGCCCAUAUCCAGUAGUAUGGGAUUUACUCUUACUCAAUAAUUGUCCUUGGCUUAGCUUCCUCCGCAGAGGAAAUCGUAGAAGUAAACAAAUUGGUAUUAGCGUAGGAAAAGAAGAUUUGUUGAGUUCAAUAAAGGGACGCUGGGUAAAAUAACGUGGAAAUAUGCAAUUAGCCACAACUAUUUCGAAACAAAAUAUUUGCCCCCAAAAAAGAAUUGUAGUAGAAACAAUUCACAACGAAACGAGCUGCUGACAUAAGUUAACCAAAAUAUGUGUUGAUAUGUUCCUCUUUAUUGAAUGGAAAAAUAGGCACAAAGCUUCAUUCAAAAACACAGCUCAAACAACAACAAAAAAACGCAUUGUCAGCUUCUACAGCUCUGCUAUCUGACAUGAUUGCUAAAAAGUAAUGGUUUCCAAAUUUCGACAGUUAUAAAUUUAGCAAAUUCGUCUUGUAUGACUGUACUCUGAUUCUGCAACACGAGGAGACUAUGUUAUUGCACGAGAAAUGAGUAAAACGGAAACAAGCUCUUUCAUGCUAAUGGUGAACCAUAGCAGCGCUUGGCCAAUGACCGUGCAGGGAGACGCCAUGGGCAGUUAGCACAUUGACCGAGAGAUGCGCGCCACUAGCGUGAAAGGCGGGAAGCUGUUGCCAUCUGCUGGUAGGGAUUCUAGAUUAAACAAGCAAUCACGCCACUACUAGCCGGGGAUCGUCCUAAGCCACGACCUACCGUGCGACGAGCGAGAACCAGACCAGGAGUCAUAAUAUUUUCUUUGCCAGAUCUUCAAGAUGUAGAACGAUGAAUACACCACAGAUUUUAAUCGGUAAGGUACAGACGUUUGGGUGCUACAAGACUACCGCUUAAAAGACCCAAAGCGCGCGGAGGUUUUCUACAUCACUAGAAUACAAGCACAUCAAGAUGAACCACACAAUCCUGACCAACUUGGCAACCGCUAAACCAUCGAACAACACUCUCAGCAACGUGACAUCACCAAAUGCAGAGGAGAUGGAGUCUUCCACAGCGCAAAAAGUGAUCUCUUCAAUAGCCAUGUCCGCGCUAAUACUGCUCUCCGUAUCGGGUAACGCUCUGGUCAUAGCGUCCUUCUACCAGUACAAACGCAUACGGCGAAGUGUCACCAACUGCUUCAUCGUGUCUCUGGCUGUGAGUGACCUCAUGGUGGCGUUCUUGUCGGAGCCGUUCUGGCUGUCAUACGAGAUCACUCAGUGGCGACACAUUCCUGAGCAUUGGGACAUCAACGCGCUGGUCAGUUUUUGGCUUGUGUUGGACAUUGUGUGCGCAGUGUCUUCCAUCGCUAACCUGAUGUUCAUCUCCAUCGAUCGGUACUUCGCCAUCAAGAGCCCUCUCUCGCACCACACCAAGAUGACCACGUACACAUCCAAGUGGAUCAUCUUAGGUUUGUGGGGCUACGCAAGCGGGACGGGCUGCAUCGUGCUUCUUCACUGGCCAUGGCGGUUCCUCCUCAUCUUUAUCAUCGGCUUCCUCGUCCCGCUCAUCAUCAUGGUCUUCUGUUACGCGGGAAUCCUCGUCGUUGUCUCCUCCAAGGCACGCCUGUCUAACCGAGUAGGCCGGCGUCUAGACAAGGAGUUUAAGACCGCCAAGAGCUUGGGCGUGGUCACAGGGUCUUUUGUGAUCUGUUGGCUCCCAUUCUUUAUCGUUUCCUUAUCGCACAAAUAUUGUAUUUCGUGUCGAGUGGCGAUUGAGAGCGUCCCUGCGGCGACAUCGGCUGUGAAGUGGCUACACUACCUUAACAGCUGCCUUAACCCCAUCAUCUACGCUUUCCUAAACCCGACCUUCAAAGUUGCCUUCCGAAAUCUUUUUCGUAAAAUCUGCAACAGCACCCAAGGUACGAUCAGGGAUCACUCGUUUUCGCUGUCCUUCAGGCAGACGACAACGAAGCACGCCACCAAAAUCACCUCGAUGCGCCGGUCGUCAAACAAAGGAGAGAAAGAAGUAAAGGAAAACGGAAAUCUUCUCAACGGCAAUACCCCAGCAAAGAACACAAAGGCAAACCCAGGAAGGAAGCUACGAUUCAAGACACCGUUAGAGGAGUCUUUCGAUGACUCGUCGUCAACAGAAAAAAGAAACGAGAAGCUACGACAAGGACGCCUCGGCUCAACGGAACCGCUAAUAGAAGACCUACUGGCACCCUGCAUACCUCCAAGACCUGGUAACGGGCACCUCCAAAUACCAGAACACGACGACGAAGAUGUCCCCACGCUGCCACCAAGGCCAAGGGAUCUCGGGAAUUCAACCAACACGAAGCAGCUCAACGCUGAUCAACCAUACUCCCUGCCGUCAAUCAUUAAGAGGAGCCCUGAUAAAGAUGAUCACGAUUACGCACAAAAUAUCCCUCGAAACAGAGACUCUAUACUGAGCGACUCGAACAACAACCCCGGCGACUGUUCGACAGAGAGACUUAUUCCAAAGUCCAGAGGGGGAUACACCUCGUUGGAUAGUCUGGCAAGGGGCGCGGGGAGUCCUGAGAUGCGAUAUAGUCGCUCCAUGGACUUGGGAUGUGCUCUGAGCGAUAAGGACGCUACGAAGGCCAAGCUUUAUGCUUCACUAGAGACUGGGAUCGAUACGCAGUUUACCACGCUGCUUGAUAAGGAGAGUAAUAUGUGCUAUUUAUUGGUCGACGGGAAACUGCUCUCAGACAACGAUAUUAAGACGUCAAAUGUUUGACACCUGUCAAUAAACCAAACCUGGACCAAUCAAAUUGAGGUAAAUUGGGGCCUUGUGAAGAUGGUAAAAAGAUAAACAACUUUGACAGGACUUGUUUGACACCUAUCUCAAUAAACCGAACCUGAAUCAAUAAUAUUGAGGUAUAUUGGGGCCUUGUGAGGACGGUGGUAAGAUCAUCAACUGAGACAGGACCUGUCACCUGUCAAUAAACCUAACCUGAACUAAUCCAAUUGAGGCCUUGGCAGGAAGGUGGCAAGGUAACCACUGAAAAUCUCCGGAUUAAUACUGGGUUUCCAUUGUACUGCCUUCUGUACUGUCUGUCCAUACCAUACAGGUGUGGUCUAGGGGGCGAGUGAAAUACCUAUAGUAGUUGAAGAGUAGUAGCUGAGUAAGGACAGUGUGUCCUUACUCAUCUACAUUAGGAAUGGAACACUGCUUGCCUUCUACUAAAGAUCACAAAACGGUUUGGGGUAGAAAGGAAAUCAGUGAAAGCCAUAUAUAAAAUUUUUGUUUUCAAAUUCUGUUUCUGUGGUAAGCUCAAGAGCAAAGCACAAAUAUAACACAAAUUAGAAUUGGUCAAACACAACAGGCGCGUCCCCGGAUUGGCUGACAGGAAGGUAGGAGGGGGUAGGUACCAGUGGAAAAGAAUUGUAUUUGACGAUCCUUAAAUAAGAAAUGACCAGCUUUUUGGCGGCCAAGGGGGGUGCAGAGUCAUAGGUAUAAUAUGGAAAAAGGAUAGUAUUUGCACCCCCCUGUGUAAGUGCGCCUGCACAAGCCCAAGAAAAUCGUGCGUUCUCUUCGUAGACCCUUCAAAUAUGGUUCCAUUAUUAAUGGUUAGGGUUAGGGACACUUAAGUGAACCAUACAUGAAUGACCUACUGAUCUCUUGAACACUUGCUCUUGCGUAGGAAAAUUACGUGCAUUGCGCUCGCUUGCGUAGAGAUAACCAGUCUUUACAAAUGGUACCACUAUACUUAGAAAUUACAUGGACGUCUAUAAAUAUUUAUGCGAGUUCCUUAAAGUCUUGCAAUCUAUGUUGUAAAUAUUACAAUAAAAUAUGUUUACAUCGAGA